ACGAGAGAGAGAGAGAGAGAGAGAGAGAGAGGGGCGUUGAAUUUAGGGUUUGUCUUCAUGAAAUUCGAAUUCGCGAACCGGUCUUUCUGAUUUCUUGAAACAACUGUAUUUCUCAUUCUUGUUCUCCGGAGUUAGUUUCCAUGACUGAUCAUGUAGAGUCAUCGCCUCUUAUAACUCCUCCGGCGAUCGUUGACCCUAGCGAGAUCGACCUGGAAGCCGGCCCUUCAGACCAAUUUCAAUGCCGUAUUUGCUUGGAAACCGACGGUAGAGAUUUCAUUGCACCUUGCAAGUGCAAGGGAACAUCAAAGUAUGUACAUCGGGACUGCUUAGAUCACUGGAGAGCUGUUCGGGAAGGAUUUGCAUUUGCUCAUUGCACAACUUGCAAGGCACCUUAUUAUUUGAGAGUUCAUGUUGCUGCUGACAGGAAAUGGCGAACUUUAAAAUUUCGAUUUUUUGUUACUAGGGACAUUAUGUCUAUAUUUCUGGCUGUUCAGCUUGUGAUUGCUUCUCUGGCGUAUUUGGUGUAUUUGAUUGAUAGUUAUCAGCAGUCUUGGCUUCGUCUUGCAUGGGGUUUUGACAGUGUGCUUAGCUUCUACUACAUUUGUGGAGCACUUUUGUUUUUCGCUUUGCUUGGGCUUUCGGGUUGCUUUAUUACUUGUUAUGAUCGUAGAGUGCGCAAUGAUCUGGCACAACCUUGUCGAGAGUUAUGUCUUUGUUGCUGCCAGCCAGGUAUGUGUGCAGACUGCCAUUUACCUGGCACUCUUUGUAUGUGGACUGACUGUACCACGUGCUUUGAAAGUUGUGCAAGUGCAGCCAGCGAAUGUGGUUGUUUAGGUGGAGCUGGUGAAGCUGGUCUGCCGUUAUUAUUUAUAAUGGCUUUGGUUGUGCUGGGACUAUUUACUGUGAUAGGCAUAUUCUACAGCGUUUUGGUGGCAACUAUGGUUGGACAAAGAAUCUGGCAGCGACACUAUCACAUUCUUGCGAAAAGGAUGCUAACAAAAGAAUAUGUUGUGGAAGAUGUUGAUGGUGAGAUGACUGGGCCUGAUUGGUCUCCUCCCCCCCUCUCAGCUGAGCAUGUUCAGCAGCUAAAAACGCUGGGCCUUCUAUAAUUACGACCGGCUAUGUUUCAUUUUUUUUUCACAGCAAUAACGAACUGUAGAAAGGAAUUGGCUUCCCAGUUUUGGCGAGUCAGUCCACUGUAUCGCCGUAUCGGGUAUGAAUUUUUAUCUUUUACAAGAAGGAAAAAGAAGAAUCGUCUCAUGCAGGUACUAAAGCAUGAUGCAUGAUCUCUGAGAUGUUCAUUGGCACUCAUUUACCUACAAAAAAUUAUGUUAAUCAUAUGUAUAGUUACUAUUUUUGAUUGCUACUUCCCCUUCUCUAUUUGUACCAAGUCCGGAGCGGCAUAAUAUAAAUAACUAACAAGGGAUACUUUGUGUUGUUUGGCUCUGUGAAUGUUACUAUCCUGUAAGGAGCUUCUUCUUCCUACUAUUUUAUGGACAUGUUAUGUUACUUACUGCA